AUGGACACCAAUAAAAAUUUCACUUUGCCCGAGGGCUUCCUCGAUGAGCCAGCGCCGAACCUGACCAAGUCUACCGUCAAUUUCAAAGAAGGCGGCCUUCCUGAAUAUGAUGGCCUGUGGGCUGUUGUCCUAGAUGGUGUCCUGUCUGAGGAGGAAUGUGACAUGCUCGUCGCUGCCGCAGAAGCAACUACAGAUGCAAAAUGGGAGCGAGCCCUGGUGAAUAUCGGCGGAGGCAUGCAGGCAUUGUAUGAUGACAUCCGCAACUGUGGCCGUAUCAUAUGGGAUAGCCACGAAAUAGUCGCAAAGAUCUGGGCGCGGAUUGAGGCCGCAGUGCCUGAGAUUCAACGGCUGCAGAAUUGGGCCGACGUCACAGGUCCUGUGCCCGCAAGGAGAAACGAAGUGUGGAAAGUAACGCGUUUGAACGAGCGAAUGAGAUUUCUAAAGUACACAGGUGGUGAAUUCUUCAGAGCCCACUCUGAUGGAACCUAUGAAACGCCUGACCGCACCGAGCGGUCAAAUUUCACACUGCAUCUGUAUCUCAACGAUGCCGAAGGCAAGCCAGGCCAGGCGCCACUUAAAGGAGGAGCGACCACGUUCCACUCGUACGAUAUGAGGCGGCGAAUGGAUGUGGUACCAAAAUCUGGACGGGUACUGCUGUUUCAACAUCGAGGGCUCCUCCAUUCGGGCGACGAUGUCGUGUCAGGGACAAAGUUGACAAUGAGGACCGACAUAAUGUAUGCGCUAGAAAAGUAG